AUGAGUUCAAAUGAAGAAAUAUUCAAUUUUGAUUUAUGUGCAACCGGGGAUUUUGAAGCUCUUUUUGGCGAUGAUUUCAAUAUGACAGAGGGCCAAGGUGAUACAAGAGUUGCCCCCUCGGUUUCAACAGAUGAACUUGAGAAGAAAUUCCUAAAAAAAACUCGCCAGAAUAAUAACUGGGCAACUUCAGUGUGGAGAGAAUGGGCUUCUGCAAGAAAUGGGCGCUUCGAGACGACAUUAGAACCAGAUUAUCCUAUCCCCGAAAAUGUUGGUGAAUUUAAGGACAUGGAAAUGCUUGAAUAUUGGUUACAGAGAUUUAUCGUUGAAACUCGUAGAAAGGACGGAGGGCCCUACCCACCUAACACACUUAUUCAGAUUGUAACUGGUUUGCAGCGCUACCUUCGUACUGAGUGUAAAAUGACUGGAUUAAAUGUUCUUAAAUCGGACAAUACUGACUUUGCACAGUUCCGUAAAACUUUAGAUUCGCGUAUGAAGGAACUCACACAGGCUGGUGUAGGUGUGAACCCCUGCAGAGCUGACCCUGUUACUGUAGACGACGAAGAGCAGCUGUGGUGUAGCAAUGUGUUUAACAUGGUUUCUGCAGAAGGACACAGUAACGCUGUUUUCUUUUAUAAUGGCAAAGCAUUUGAAUUUAGGGGGUUUCAGGAGCAUGUUGACUGCCAAGCUGAACAAUUUGAGAUUGGUUUUGAUCAUUCUAAUCAACGCAAGUAUGUAAAAUUUACACCACGUGUGAGAAAAAACUCACAGGGGGGUCUGUUACAUAGGAAAAUAAACGUGGAGCCAAUAAUUCACUAUGAACAGGGGACAAACGACAGAAGUAUUGUUAAAAUGUACGAAAAAUAUCUGGAACAUGUGCCAAGGAAAGGACCUCUGUAUCGUAAACCAUUGCAAGGGCUUGAUGAAAACAAUAGUAUCCGUUACAGUUCUGGUACUUUACCUCUAAACGUUUUGAAACAGAGAAUGAAGAAAUUUUUCUCUGAAGCUAACAUUCCCACUGUUAGACGCAAGAUAACCAACCAUUCGGCACGUGUCACAUUAUGUACUUCUUUGUACAAUGAGCGCCUCAGUGAUAAGGCAGUUACAAGCCGCAGCAAGCAUCGGAGUGCUGCAGUGCAAACUUACCAGCGAGAAAAUUUCAAUAUGCUUAAGUUAAUGAUAUUAGUAAUAUUCUUGACCCUCCCGCCAAAACAAUGGACGAAAAAAAAAUCAUCCUCUCUCCUGCCAAAGUCAUGGAAGAAAAAAGUCAACCCUCCACAGAACAUUUCACCAGAAAGUGCAUGUAAUGUUUCCGCAUCUAUGAAACACACUGAAAUGGAGGACAAGACCAGGAAUGCCUAA